UGGAAAAUGUAUCAGUUGGCCAUCAGCUGUGCGAGAGGGAGGAUGUUGUCACCCCUGAGGAACACGCUUAUUUCCACCCUUAGACGGUUACCAGUCAGGAGUGCAUCAACCACCAUUAUACAAGAUGAGCGCAUUAAUGAUUUCACUGUGGAGAAUGAACCGCUGCUGGGCUACCUCCCUGGCAGCCCCGAGCGAGAAGAGCUACAGAAGGCCAUCUCAAAAUACGAGGGGACCCAAACUGAUGUCCCCAUUAUGAUAGGCGACCAGGAGCACCGAACUGACCUUGUGCGCCAUCAGGUCAUGCCACACUGCCACUCACACAGCAUUGCACAAUUUUACUACGCCACACCAGAGUUGGUGCAGAAGGCCAUCGAUGUGGCAGUGGCGGCCAGACCAGCUUGGGAACGCGUGCCUCUCUCUCAGAAAUUUGACAUCUGGCUUAAGGCCGCAGACUUGAUGGCCGGGAAGUACAGACAAGCCCUGAACGCCACCACCAUGCUGGGCCAGAGUAAGACAGUGAUACAAGCAGAAAUUGACUCGGCAGCAGAACUCGUCGACUUUCUUCGCUUCAAUGCUCUGUAUGCCAAGGAGGGGAUGAAGUGGCAGCCCCGGAGCCCCGAGCCAGCAGCCACCGUCAACAAGCUACGGCUGCGAGGCAUGGAGGGCUUUGUCGCGGCUGUUUCCCCGUUUAACUUCACAGCCAUUGGGGGAAACCUGGCGUACACUCCUGCGAUGAUGGGCAAUGCAGUGCUGUGGAAGCCAUCAGACACAGCGGUACUCAGUAAUUACGUCAUUUAUCAAAUCAUGAGGGAGGCAGGUGUUCCGGGAGAGGCCGUCAGCUUCUUACCUGCAGACGGUCCAGUGUUUGGGGACGCUAUCACAGCCUCACCACACCUCGCUGCUAUCAACUUCACCGGCUCUGUCCCAACAUUCCAGCGUCUGUGGGGACAAGUCGGAAACAACCUUGCCAAGUACCGCAGUUUCCCCAAGCUGGUCGGGGAGUGUGGGGGUAAGAACUACCACCUCAUCCACCCUUCUGCUGACCCAGAGUCCGCCGCCAAUGGCACCGUGCGCUCCGCCUUCGAGUACUGCGGCCAGAAGUGCUCUGCCUGCUCCAGGGCUUAUGUUCCUGAGUCACUGUGGCCUGAGAUCAAGGAGCGCAUGGUAACCACACUGAAGACACUGAAGACAGGCGACCCACGACAGUUCGACUCGUUCAUGGGUGCUGUGAUUGAUGCUACAGCCUUCAAGAGGAUCAGCGGUUAUGUGCAGCACGCCAAGACCUCGCCCAACCUGACCAUACUGGCUGGCGGGAAGUGUGACGACAGCGUGGGUUACUUUGUGGAGCCGACAGUGGUGGUGACAACAGACCCCCACGACCGCAUUAUGAGAGAGGAAAUCUUCGGACCGGUUCUCUCUGUCUAUGUGUAUCCUGACGCUGCUGUGGACGACAUGAUUGGCCUGGCUAACGACUCGACGCCCUACGCCCUCACUGGUGCCAUCUUUGCUAGUGACAGAGCGUGGCUGGCCAAGGCUGCCGACGCGCUCAAGGAUUCUGCUGGUAACUUCUACAUCAAUGACAAGUCGACUGGUUCGGUGGUGGCCCAGCAGCCCUUCGGUGGAGCCAGGAUGUCGGGAACCAAUGACAAGGCAGGAGGAGUCCACUACGCCCUGAAGUGGACCUCACCCCAGGCUGUGAAGGAGACAAUGGUGCCCCUGAAGGAUGUCAAAUACCCCUACAUGGGUUAAGCCGCCCCUGGGAGUGACUGGUGGUGGAGGUGAUUGGUGACUUUGGGGGUGAUGGUGGUGGUGGUGGUGGUGAUGAUGUAUGUGUUGUUUCUUGGUGGUGGUGUGUGUGUGUGUGUGUGUGUGUGUGUGUGUGUGUGUGUGUGUGUGUUUGAACGUAAUGGGUUUUAAGGUUAUCACUUUUUUCAUAUUUUUUAAUCUUUUUUUUUUAUGUUUAGUCGUACACCCCAUACAAGACACUGUUUGACUACCUACACCACUUCAAUGACUACCUACACCACUACAGUGACUGCCCUCACCACUACAGUACGUAAAUAUUGCAACACACAGCCAAUCAGUUACGCAGUCGAGGCACAGUUACUUGUAAUAUCACACGACGCGCAUCACAGCCACGCCACAGCUUGACGAUAUCUGUCAUGCGACGCAGAAACUGUAAACGUAAACUUUGAGGGAUAAACUUUGAGCGAUAAACUCCGAACGAUAAACUCUGAACGAUAAACUCCAAGACAAACUUAGAAGCGCAAACUCGCGUAAAAUUCGAGGCGUAAACUCUGACACAAGACACUUUCCGGAGACACUACACAUUCCUGGAUUAGCGUAACACUCACCGCCAGCCACCGCCUUGCAUAUGACACCCCCUUGCAUGACAGACAGUGGGCGGCUUGACAGUACAUGGCCGUGGGGUGGUGGCUGUGAGUGCCUAUCAUUGGUGGAGCUUGGAAGUGUACCAGCACAAGAAUUGAUGCCAGAAGUGAGGUUAUAUAAACUCACACGGCAGCAUUUACGAGACAGCAGUUAUAGAAGCUGUAGUAUGGUUCUGAACGUUUGCAGCACAGCAUUUAUUAAGGGUAUAGAAGGUGCAGCAGCUUGAAUUAUGUUGCAGGCUUCCCAUACACCAUUUUAUAAAGACUAGAAGGUGAAGCAGCUUGAAUUAUGUUGCAGGCUUCCCACGCACCAUUGUAUAAAGACUCAGAUAAUCUCACACGUCAGGUGAUGAUGUAAACUUACACUGCAAUACUUAAAGCAGAAGACAAGUCAGCAUUUUAUAAUGACUCAUGAUUCCGCAAGUCAGAUGAUGAUGCAAACUCACACUGCAACACUUAAGGCAGAAGAUACACAAGUCAUAUUAUGUUACAAAGCUUCUAGUGCAGAGUUUUAAUAAGACAAGGUACCACAGCUUAAAUUAUGUUAAAGGCAUCCAACACAGCAUUAUAUUGAGACUAAGAAGGAACCACAAGUCAGAUAACACUGUAAACCCACACUGCAACACUUAAAUACACAACCCUCACUACAUUACAACCUUACAACACAACUUUUCAUUAAGACUAAGAUCCCACAAGUCAAAUAACACUGUAAACUCACACUGCAACACUUAAACAGAAAACACAAGUCACUUUACACCCUUAACCUCCAACACAGCAUUUCACUGACACAGGAGGAGCCACACAGGUCAGACUGCACACCCAAUAUACACCACAGCAUUCUAUUUAGACCAGGAGGCCACAGCAAAGGCCCUAUCACCACAGCAGAGCUCAGAAAACACUGCUUGGUUUUUUUUAAGGUAAUUUUACGGUCAAGGUUGCAAUAUAACGAAUCAAAAUGUAUAAAUGAAUGAAUCGAGGACUAUUUUA